GGGAGUGGAGCUGAAGUUCCCCGCUAGCCUGUUUCUCACAGCCUCUAAUCUCAUUUUCCCCUCUCAUUGGGACAUAUCCCGUGUCUGCAGGACCAGCUGAGCCUUUCUCAAAACUUCACUUCGCAUUUUUGAGUCUGUUUAAUGCUGCACCGGUUCGUUUUGUGUCCGUAAAGAAACUGCAGAGAGUUUUUUCCCUGCUAGCCGAACUGCUCCCAACGGAAGAUGGCGGUCAGGAUGCUGACUGAGGCUGAAGCUGGAGCUCCGCUGUGGCUCUUUUUAGCCAGAUAGCGAGGUGGGAAAAGGUGGAAAAUGUUCAAAUUCUGACUGUUUCGUCUGCUGGGUAUGGUGGGCUUCGUUUCAGGUGGGUAUUUCCACCCUUUUGCCUUCCUCAGCGGCUCUUUUAUUGCGGGACUUUGCGAAGACUUGAGUUGUUGGGCUAGCCGCGCAUUACAAUAACGAGACGGGAGGAAAAAAACAACGAAAAAGUGCAUUAAAAUGUCGGAUACAAAGGUAAAAGUUGCUGUCCGAGUUCGUCCAAUGAACCGAAGAGAGAUUGAGCUGAGCACCAAAUGUGUGGUGGAAAUGGAAGAAAACCAGACAAUCCUUCACCCACCGCCUUCAAACACAAAGGGAGACAGCAGGAAACAGCCAAAGGUGUUCGCCUUUGACCACUGUUUCUGGUCUAUGGAUGAGGCCAACGUCCCAAAAUACGCAGGUCAGGAGGUCGUGUUCAAGUGCCUUGGCGAGGGAAUCCUGCAGAAUGCUUUUCAAGGAUACAACGCCUGCAUUUUCGCUUAUGGACAAACAGGUUCCGGCAAGUCGUACUCGAUGAUGGGCAGUGUGGAUCAGCCCGGUUUAAUCCCGCGCCUGUGCUGCUCCCUAUUUGAGCGGGUCGGCCGUGAGGAGAAUGAAACGCACUCCUUUAAGGUGGAAGUGUCCUACAUGGAGAUUUACAACGAGAAAGUGCGUGACCUUCUGGACCCCAAAGGAAGCCGGCAGUCUCUGAAGGUUCGAGAGCAUAAGGUGCUUGGCCCGUACGUGGACGGCCUGUCCCAGCUCGCCGUGACCAACUUUGAGGAUAUUGAGUCUCUGAUGUCAGAGGGGAAUAAAUCUCGUACAGUUGCAGCCACCAACAUGAACGAAGAGAGCAGCCGCUCGCACGCCGUCUUCAGCAUCAUAAUCACGCAGACACUCUACGACCUGCAGUCAGGGAACUCAGGUGAGAAGGUCAGUAAAGUGAGUUUGGUGGACCUGGCGGGGAGCGAACGAGUGUCUAAAACAGGAGCAGCAGGAGAGAGACUGAAGGAGGGCAGCAACAUCAACAAGUCUCUGACCACGCUGGGGUGUGUAAUCUCAGCUCUGGCUGACCAGUCAGCCGGGAAAGGCAAAAACAAGUUUGUCCCGUACAGAGACUCAGUUCUGACAUGGCUGCUAAAGGAUAAUCUCGGUGGGAACAGUAAGACAGCGAUGAUCGCCACGGUCAGUCCGGCAGCGGACAACUAUGAGGAGACUCUGUCCACCCUGCGCUAUGCUGACCGAGCUAAACGGAUAGUAAACCACGCUGUGGUCAACGAGGACCCAAAUGCACGCAUCAUCCGUGAGCUCAGAGAGGAGGUGGAGAAACUGAGGGAGCAGCUGUCGCAGGCUGAGUCUCUGAAAGCUCCAGAGCUGCAGGAGAAACUGCAGGAGUCUGAGAAGCUCAUCCAGGAAAUGACCGUCACAUGGGAGGAAAAACUCAGGAAGACAGAGGAAAUCGCACAGGAGAGGCAGAGGCAGUUGGAGAGUAUGGGAAUUUCUCUGGAAUCCUCAGGGAUUAAAGUAGGUGAGGACAAAUGUUUCCUGGUCAACCUGAACGCUGACCCCGCCCUCAACGAGCUGCUCGUCUAUUACCUGAAGGUGCACACGCGCGUGGGAGCGGAUACGUCUCAGGACAUCCAGCUGUUUGGAAUUGGGAUCCAGCCGGAGCACUGUGUCAUUGAUGUCGCUCCAGAUGGAGACGUCACACUCUCCCCUGUGGAGAACGCCAGAACCUGUGUGAAUGGAACUAUAGUUUACUCCUUGGUUCAUCUUUGGCACGGAGACCGCAUCUUAUGGGGCAACAAUCAUUUUUUCAGAGUGAACUUGCCGAAGAGAAAGCGGCGGGACCGUUUGAAGGAUCUGGAUCGCGAGUCUCCGCGGGAGAGCUUUGUGGAGGUGGACGUGGAGACAGCCAGCGAGGCUUCGUCUGAGCAGGACUACAGCUAUGAAUUUGCCCAAAUGGAGGUCAUGAUGAAAACAUUAGGGAGCAAUGACCCAAUGCAGAACGUGGUGCAGGUUCUGGAGAAGCAGUAUCUGGAGGAUAAGCGCACGGCUCUGGAGGAGCAGAAGCUGCGGUAUGAGCAUGAACUGGACCUGCUCCGCCAGCAACUCUCUCCUGAGAGAGUCUCUCAGCACCAGCGCAGCAACAGCCUGGCCUUCCCCACACACACCACCCACAACAAGCUACGCUUGUGGACUGAGGAGAGGGAUGAGUUGUUCCGUCAGAGUUUGUCUCGGCUGAGGGAGCAGGUGGUUCGCGCGAACACGCUGGUCAGGGAGGCCAACUUCCUGUCGGAGGAGAUGGGCAAACAGACGGAUUACCAGGUCACCUUACAGAUCCCUGCAGCUAAUCUGAGCGCCAACCGCAAGCGUGGAGCAAUUGUCAGCGAGCCGGCCAUUCAGGUGCGUCGGAAAGAUAAAGGCACGCAGGUGUGGACCAUCGAGAAGCUGGAGAACAAGCUGGUGGACAUGAGAGACCACUACAGGGAGUGGAAGGAAGGAGCACAGGAUGGGGCAACGAAGCUGCAGAAUAAGCAAGGUGAUCCAUUCUACGAAGCGCAGGAGAACCACAACCUCAUUGGCGUCGCUAACGUUUUCCUGGAGUGUCUUUUUCAUGAUGUCAAGCUUCAGUAUGCAGUUCCCAUCAUCAGCCAACAGGGGGAGGUAGCGGGCAGGCUGCAUGUAGAGCUGAUGCGCGUGAGUGGGGCGGUGCCCGAACGGCUGGUGGGCGGAGACGACUCUUCUGAGAAUUCAAGCGAGAGCAGCAGCUAUGAGGUCAUGGAUACCAAUGGAGAAAUCGUCCACAUGGCCAAGAAACUCACCUGCAGGGUGCGGAUCCGUGAGGCGACCGGUCUGCCGUUAAAUCUGUCCAAUUUUGUUUUCUGUCAGUACACUUUCUGGGAGCAGGCUGAGCCAGCCGUGGCUCCACCCAUGGUCAGCCCAGACAAACCAUCAACUCGCACCACAGACGCACAAUUUACCGUACUGUUCAACCACUGCAAGGACUUUGUAGUUCAGGUCACUGAGGAGUUUCUGGAGUUUAUCUCAGACGGUGCGCUGGCUAUAGAAGUAUGGGGUCAUCGCUGUGCUGGAAAUGGGCACUCUCGCUGGGAACUGGACACACUGCAGGCCAAAACACGCACACUCCGGGACAGGUGGAGUGAGGUGUCCCGCAGGAUUGAGCUGUGGGUGUCCAUCCAGGAGCUGAAUGAACAGGGCGUUUAUUCACCUGUGGAGCUUCACCCCAGCAGAGACACCAGCACUGGAGGAGUGUUUCAGCUCCGACAGGGUCACUCUCGGAGGCUACAGGUGUGUGUAAAGCCAGCUCAGCAGUCCGGGACUCUGCCGCUGUUGGUGGAGGCCAUUCUCUCCGUCUCCAUUGGCUGUGUGUCCGCUCGGUCCACUAAAUUACAGAGACCACUGGACAGCUACCAGAGGGAGGAGGAUGACGAUAUGGAUAGUUAUCAGGAGGAGGAUUUAAACUGUUUACGAGAACGCUGGUCCGAAGCCCUCAUCAAACGCCGCGAGUAUCUGGACGAACAGAUCAAAAAGAUUAUCCACAAAUCAGAGAAGUCAGAGGAGGAUGUGGAGAGGGAGGCGCGGUUAGUGGAACAGUGGGUGGGGCUAACUGAAGAGAGAAAUGCUGUGUUAGUCCCAGCACCGGGCAGCAGUAUCCCUGGAGCUCCGGCACAGUGGGCGCCCUGUCCUGGCAUGGAAGCUCACAUCCCAGUUCUGUUUCUGGACCUGAAUGCUGAUAAUCUAACAGUGAGCGAGCAGCUGACCGGUCCACACGCUGCAGGAGUCAACUCCAUCCUUCCAAAAGAACACGGCAGCCAGUUCUUUUACCUGCCCAUCAUCAGACACAGCGAUGAUGAGGUGUGUGCGACCUGCUCGUGGGAUUCCUCCAUCCAUGACUCCAUCUACCUGAACCGUGUGACAGCCCCCACUGAGCGAAUCUAUCUGAUAAUUAAAGCAACGGUGCAGCUCAGCCACCCCGCCUCCAUGGAGCUUGUCCUCCGCAAGAGAAUCGCCGUCAACAUCUACAACAAACAGAGUUUCACUCAGAGUCUGAAGCGGAGGAUGUCACUGAAGAAUGUGCUGCACUCCUGCGGGGUCACUUACGAAAUCGUCUCCAACAUACCGAAGGCAUCAGAGGAGCCGGAGGAGAGGGAGACAUUGGCCUUGAUGGCAGCUCGAGGGGAAGCAGAGGAGACGCAGGACGGAGAGACUUACAUUGAAAAGUACACCAGAGGAGUUCUGGAAGUGGCCAAUAUCCUGUGUCUGGAUAGACUGCGGCAGGCAGUGACAGUGAAAGAAGCACUUUCAGUUAAAAGCAGACACAUUCGGAGAAGCCUGAGCACUCCUAAUGUCCAGCACAUGUCCUGCUGUAAAUCAGAAACGCUGGGCUGUGAAGAUGAAGACCCAAAGGGUCACUGUGAGGUCCAGCAGGACGUGUCGGACUGUCCUUUCCAGGAGAUUCUCUCUGCAGCUCCAGCAAAAGACACACCUGUUAAAAACAAGGAGAAUCAUGGUUGUGUCCCAGAGAGCCCCAUGUUCUUCAGCUCGAGUCCGUUUAAAGCCCUCUCCCCCCAGCCCCCCAAAUUCCUCAAGUCCCUGAUGCCGGUGAGAGAGGAGAGUAAAGCAAAGCGCUCGCUGGAGGCUCGUCCACUGCUGGGACAGGAGAGCAUGCGCUGGUUAGUGGAAGGCUCUGUGUUGCCCCGCCCCCGGGCCCGGAGUGAAGGCCACAGCAGCACAACAAACCACUCACCUCUCAGAGUCACACACACUGCUGAUUCAGAGGAAGAGGAGCCUGAGUUGGAUCCAGCAGCCGGUCUGAGUUCUCUUCCAAACUUCCAGCCGUACGUUCCUGAGGACUUCGCCAACUUUGAAGUGUACAACGCCAGUCUGGAGACCCAGGAUGCUACUCUAUGUGGAGGCAUGGCCUCCUACCCAGGGAACAAGGUGGCUGAGAAGGAAGUGUCCCGCAGUCCAACAUCCAGCAGCUGCACGAGUGGAUAUUUCUCCCACAGCGCCUCGAACGCCACGCUGUCCGAUGCUCUGUUCACGGGCAGCGAAAGCUCGGACCAGCUCAGCUCCGGCUCCAGAGACCCAGCAGACUCCCUGCUCAAUAAAAACUCCUUCGGCGAAGCCGGACACUGCCAUCCUGGCCCUGUCCACUCCUCUAUGAACUGCACAGGCCAGUCCUGUUCACCUAAGGCCAACCAGUGCAUUCUGAGUGUCAGCCAAGAGUUCACUGACUUCAAAGGUGCUGGUGAUGGUUUCAGUUUCGAGUCCGAAUGCCAGACGGAGAUGCCCGAGUCACUGAGACAAGCUAAAUGUGACCAAACUCCCCCAAGAAAUACAGAGGGCAUCAGCCAGAGUCUCUGUACCAAUGUCCAAGCAACACCAUGCCACCUCCACAAUGGCAAAGACUCUCCGUCCUCUUCUUCAUCCAGUACCACCCCUACCCAGCCUGAAGGCAGCAGCCUAGAAGAUCACAUGUUCAGUAAAACCACAGUAGAAACCGGCUCUUCUGCUCCUGAGGAAGACGAGGGUGCACCUGUGGCUCAGCUGCCAGACUGGAUGGCCCCUGGAGAGCAGGUGUGGGUGGGCACCAGAAGUGGGACGGUGCACUAUGUGGGCGGGGUGGAGUUUGCCCAGGGCAUCUGGGUAGGAGUGGAGCUGGACCGCGCUGUAGGUAAACACAACGGCACGGUGCAGGGCCGAGUGUACUUCCGCUGUGCUUCGGGCCACGGCGUGUUCGUGAGGCCGGCGUUGCUCAGCAGGGUCCCUCCAGCCAUGGACAUGGAUCCACCACCACAGCCUGUGCUGCUAUAGAGAAGCAAUACACUCUUAUUAAUGGAUGGAAAGGUGGCUGACCCCAGAGAGGAGGACUCGGCAUACUGUUCAAAAUCAUGGAGAAGGAAUUUAGUGGAUGUGUCGUCCUCCUUGAAUAUGUUGCUGUCUGUCCUUCUCUCUCUCUAUUGAUGGACAAAUCUGUGUAUUUUUUAAACUACAGGACCGUCAUCCUUAUCUUUGAAUGUCGAAUGCACAGUUGCACAAAUUUUAUAUCAUCUUCUCUGUUGAUUUUAAGCUCAAACUUCAAGCAAACCUCCAUCAUUUUGGCUUAUUUACCACUUCUAACACGACUGAACCUAUAAAUUGUGAUAUUUAGCUGAUGAUAGUGUCCUUUUAGGCUACGUUCACAUCACCAGGUUGAAGUGGCACAAAUCCAAUUUUUUGCCCCAAUGUGACUCAGAUCUGAUGUUUUCAGGGCUGUGUGGACACAAAUCUUUUGAAAUCUGACCUGAGCCACUUUCAAAUGUGGCCCUAGAUCCGAUACUUACCUGAUUUGUGGCCAUGCCACCAAAUGGGACGCUCAGAUCGGAAUUUGUGUGCUUCUCUUCCACUGCACAUGUGCCAUUCUUCAGCGUUACCGUGGCAGCAGCGCCGAACAGAAGUCAAAGCCUGUAAAUGGAGGAAAAGCAGCUCAUCUCACCUUUUUCUCCUUCGUCUCGCUCUAAUAAUGAAGCUGAGAGCUGAUCAGAGUUAA